CCGGUGAGCACCAAACAACUGUGCGCCGCAGUGCUUGAGCGAGUCAGGUCCUGAGGCCACUCCGGCGAUCCUCCUUACAAUUCAUGUGAAAUACCUACUGCAGGACAAAGCAUCUGACCGUGUGGAGGAUGCUUCUGUAGUCCUAGGAAUCCACAGUGAAUUAGAGUCUAGACUCAGUCAUUUUUCAGGGUCAGGGGAGGAGGGAGAAGUAGCAAAUCAGAUAUGCCCAAAACAUUACAGAGGUAACAGUGAAUCCAGGAUGCUGCUGUCAGCCUGUGCAUUGUGAAGAAGGCAAUCAUAGCCGAGCAGCCGCGGGAGCAGGAGCAGCAGCGUUCUAAGAAGCAGUCACAUAAACAGCAGCAGGAAUAGGCCUCCUCCUUUUUAAAAGCAGAAUACUGCAGGGUCAUGAAAUGCAAGAUUCUCAAAUGUUUGAACAUCUCCCGAGUUGAGAAUGGCUACUGUAAAAGCGUCACCAAGAAACUCUGAUGAUCUGGACAGUCCUAACUCUGUGUUAGCAAUACUUACUUCUGGAAAAUUAAUGCUACUUCUUGUAGAUUUCUGCAAAUAGGAAACCCCCUUGAAGAAGAUCUCAAAUUACGCCCCCCUCCCAAAAAAAAAAAAAAAAAGACAAACAGGGGAGAACAAAGUUUUGGCAUGCCUGCAGGAACGGUGGCUUUUUUAGAAACUACCUAGGAGGCAGAAGCUAAGUGAUUUGCUCAUGCCUCUUACCUGGGAGUAGAAGGUGGGAAGAAAUGGACCGAGGCUGUGACGGGAAGACAAGGCACAGUGCAGCUUGGUGAAGCCACACGCUGACUGCGUUCUGCCCCCUCUUCAUGCAGUGCUGCGGGCUGGUGCAUCGCCGGCGAGUACGGGUGUCCUAUGGUUCGGCAGACUCCUACACUAGCCGUCCAUCCGAUUCCGAUGUGUCCCUGGAGGAGGACCGGGAGGCAGUGCGCAGAGAAGCAGAGCGGCAGGCCCAGGCACAGCUGGAAAAGGCAAAGACAAAGCCCGUUGCAUUUGCGGUUCGGACAAAUGUCAGCUACAGCGCAGCCCAUGAAGAUGACGUGCCGGUGCCUGGCAUGGCCAUUUCCUUCGAAGCAAAAGAUUUUCUGCAUGUUAAGGAAAAAUUUAACAAUGACUGGUGGAUAGGGCGUUUGGUCAAAGAAGGCUGUGAAAUCGGAUUCAUUCCAAGCCCAGUCAAACUAGAAAACAUGAGGCUGCAGCAUGAACAGAGAGCCAAGCAAGGGAAAUUCUACUCCAGUAAAUCAGGAGGAAAUUCAUCAUCCAGUUUGGGUGACAUAGUACCUAGUUCCAGAAAAUCGACACCUCCAUCAUCUGCUGUAGACAUAGAUGCUACUGGCUUAGAUGCAGAAGAAAAUGAUAUUCCAGCAAACCACCGCUCCCCUAAACCCAGUGCAAACAGUGUAACGUCACCCCACUCCAAAGAGAAAAGAAUGCCCUUCUUUAAGAAGACAGAGCACACUCCUCCGUAUGAUGUGGUACCUUCCAUGCGGCCGGUGGUCCUGGUGGGCCCUUCUCUGAAGGGCUACGAGGUCACAGAUAUGAUGCAAAAAGCGUUGUUUGAUUUUUUAAAACACAGAUUUGAAGGACGGAUAUCUAUCACAAGGGUCACUGCUGACAUCUCACUUGCCAAACGCUCAGUAUUAAACAACCCCAGUAAGCACGCGAUAAUAGAAAGAUCCAAUACAAGGUCAAGCUUAGCGGAAGUUCAGAGUGAAAUUGAAAGGAUUUUUGAACUUGCAAGAACAUUGCAAUUAGUGGUCCUUGAUGCAGAUACGAUUAAUCAUCCAGCUCAACUUAGUAAAACUUCCUUGGCCCCUAUUAUCGUUUAUGUAAAGAUUUCUUCUCCUAAGGUUUUACAAAGGUUAAUAAAAUCUCGAGGGAAAUCUCAAGCUAAACACCUCAACGUCCAGAUGGUAGCAGCUGAUAAACUGGCUCAGUGUCCUCCAGAGUUGUUCGAUGUCAUCUUGGAUGAGAACCAGCUUGAGGAUGCCUGUGAGCACCUUGCCGACUAUCUGGAGGCCUACUGGAAGGCCACCCAUCCUGCCAGCAGCAGCCUCCCCAACCCUCUCCUUAGCCGUACAUUAGCCACUUCAAGUCUGCCUCUUAGCCCCACCCUAGCCUCUAAUUCACAGGGUUCUCAAGGUGAUCAAAGGACUGAUCGCUCCGCUCCUAUCCGUUCUGCUUCCCAAGCUGAAGAAGAACCUGGCAUGGAACCAGUCAAGAAAUCCCAGCACCGUUCUUCCUCCUCAGCCCCACACCACAACCAUCGCAGUGGGACAAGUCGUGGCCUCUCCAGGCAAGAGACAUUUGACUCAGAAACCCAGGAGAGUCGAGACUCAGCCUACGUGGAGCCAAAGGAAGAUUAUUCCCAUGACCACAUGGACCACUAUGCCUCCCACCGUGACCACAACCACAGAGAUGAGACCCAUGGGAGCAGUGACCACAGACACAGGGAGUCUCGGCACCGUUGCCGGGACGUGGAUCGAGAGCAGGACCACAACGAGUGCAACAAACAGCGCAGCCGUCACAAAUCCAAGGAUCGCUACUGUGAAAAGGAUGGAGAAGUGAUAUCCAGAAAACGGAACGAGGCUGGGGAGUGGAACAGGGAUGUUUACAUCCGCCAGUGACUUUUGCCCUCUUGUGUGUGUGUAUGUGUGUGUGUGGUUUUUUUUUUUUUUUGGGGUCUACAUUGCAAUCAUAUGUGAUCUGUCUUGUAAUAUUUUGUAUUGCUGUUGCUUGAAUAGCAAUAGCAUGUAUAGAGUAUUAAGACACAUUUUUUUCUUUUUAAGUGCUACAUAAAUUGGCCUGGUAUGGCUGCAGUUCUCCAGUUGUAUACUGGACUCUUCAAAAACUGUUUUGGGUAGCUGCCACUUGAACAAAAUCUGUUGCCACCCAGGUGAUGUUAGUGUUCUAAGAAAUCUAGUUGAUGUAUCCAACAAGCCAGAAUCAGCAUAGCUAAAAAGUGGAAUUUCUCGUUUAUCCAGAUUUUUAAUAUGCAGGCACCUGAUUUGCAUAUUCAUUCAUGGACCACUGUUUCUUGCUUGUACCUCUGGCUGACUAAAUUUGGGAACAGAUUCAGUCUUGCCUUACACAAAGGGGAUCAUAAAGUUAGAAUCUAUUUUCUAUGUACUAGUACUGUGUACUGUAUAGACAGUUUGUAAAUGUUAUUUCUGCAAACACCUUCUUAUAUAUAAUAUAUAUAUAUAUAUAUAUAUCAGUUUGAUCACACUAUUUUAGAGUCUUAAUGCCAAGUCAGCAGAUUUGCUUUAUGAAUUACAGGGCCUAGAAAUGCCCACAUUCAGGAAAUUUGUAAUAACAUUGUCUAGACACCUAUCCUCAUUCUAGUAGAAAGUCUGUACAUACUGUAAAUAUGUGUGAUUGCUUGAAUUGAAAAGGUUUGAAUUCUGAAUGUCGUACCAUCCUUGUAAGUUUGUAAUUUUCACCAUAAAUUAUGGUAAAUAUAAAACUCCAGAGGUGGUUGUCCUCCCUACAGUUCACACUGAUUGUGACACAUUCUUAGUAGCUAGUGUCUGUCCUAGUCACUGCACUGGAGUCUAUGAGCCGGAACUCGCUAUAUGCACGUGUGUGUGUCCAUAUGUAAGAGUGUGCACGAGUGACUGAAUGGCUGAGAUAAAUUGGAAUGCUGAAGACUAGUGAAGAAACUAGAGACUGACAUCGAGCAUUCUGCCCACCUGGCUCUGUAUUUACUUGUGCUAUAUGUGGCUUUAAUAACCCAUUGAGCAGUCAGGGAAUGUGAGUAAGCUUGCUGCCAAAGGUAACUAGGAAAGCAUUCAUCUGCUGCCUCCUUGUUUUUGCUCCUAGAGAGUAAAAAUACAGGCAAUUUUACUGUGAGUGUUUCACUGGAAAUGUAUAAUCUUUGUGUGUGAGAGUAUUUGUUUGAGUAAGAAACGUUUACACAGCUUGUGGAAUUAUUUCGUGGGAAAAUAAAUUUUUAUAACUUCUCCCACUUCAUCUUCUAA